AUGGAGGCAGCUGAGGACGAGAAGAAGAAAGCCGCCGCCAAACGCGCGAAUCGUGAAUAUUCGUCCCCGUGGAUGCGGUACUACAACCUGAGCGCGAAACAGCGACGGGCCGAGGACAAAAGGAUCGCGGAUAAACUGGCGGCCGUGGAGGCGGAAUUUCGCGAAGUCGAGGAGUUCGAGCUCACCUACGUGCCGUUCGAAAAACCGCCCCCGCGUCUGACGCGGUCCUCCCCGCUUCUCCUCAUCGGUCCACCAGCAAGGCAGGGCCUCCCGGAGCCGCCUCGCGAAGCGCAGCAGCCUGAUGACAGGCGAAUCAAGUUUCGACUAGCGGACGCCUCGGUCGUCUCGAGUUCCGACGACGAGGACAUCACGUACGUGUCUCGAAUCUCGCGCAAGAGGGUGGUGUACAGCUCCGACGACGACGCGAACGCCAGGAGCCUGCCGACGGCGUCGGAGCGGCGUGUCCACGACGUCAGUUCGGACGACGACGACGUGAGCGGGCGCGUCGAACGGCUCUCUAAAGUGCGGGAGACGCCUGGCGCGUUGCCCUGCGUCGGCAUCCGGGAGGAGGACGUCGACCGCGAGGGUGGCGGCGCCGCUGAGCGCGCCUCCUCGUCGCUCACGCGAGCCGACAUCAUCCGAAAGAGGAAGGAGAGGAUAGCCAGGCAGCGCAGCCUCAUCGAGGAAAUCUGUUCCGGUUACCGCAGCUCCAGCGACGAGGCGAGCCGCAAGCGAAGCUUUCAUCGCACGCCCGCCGUAACACCGAGAAACCGCAGCCGAGCAGUCCCAGGUCGCCGGAGUCGCAGGGCGCUGUGGUCGCGGGAUGCCCGCGCCACUCCUUCGCCGACGUCCAGCGUGGAGGAACCGCUGCGUGUCCCGCAGCGGGGCCAGACUCCGCCCUCUUUCAAACUCUCCUCGGCCGGCUCAUCGACCAGCAGCAUCGGGUGGUCACCGGCGAGGACUUCCCGGGUAUGGCACUCCACCCCGCAUGGGCCACCGCGGAGGAGGUUCAGCUCCCUGCGAGACGUCGGGGCGUCAGGCUCGGCUCCCUUGCGCGGGACGCUCGACGUGACAGCGAGUGCCGACAGGCCGCAGCGCGCGGGCAGCGGGUUCCUCCAGGUCCUGGACCGCGGCCAGACGCUGGUCAUCACCAAGCAGCCCGAGUUGCAGGAAGUGACCUGUUUCGGCGAGCAGCCGCCGACUGAGCCUCCCAGCGCUGCUGCCAGCCCGGCGUCACGGAGUCAUGACGAGAGCUCGGCCACUCGGAGGAGCGUCGACGCGGCGGAGUGGAGCACCGUGAUGCGCUUUGGUGUCGGCGGCAACCGCGAGCGAGUCCUGCUGUCCGACGCGCCGUCUCCACUGUCGGCCAUCGCCAGCUUCGGCACGCAGAGUCGCACUUCCCAAGCUCCGCAAGACCCGCGGCACGAACAGCCUGAACCAGCGCCCGCCGCACGCUACGACUCGUCGCCCGGCACUCUGCUCGAGCAGCUGCUCAAGCACUGCCAACAGGAGGCUCCGGUGACCUUCGAACAGGCACUGCGGCUCACCGACGACUGCCGAAGGUGCGUGAAGCUGGGCGAAGGCUGCACGGCCGACGUCUACCGCGUCCGGAGGCCCAGCGGCGACGAGACCGCCGUCAAGGUGAUGCCCGUAGGCGGCGGCCCGAACGAGGACGGCGAGCUUCAAAUGUCGUUGAGCAGCGUCAUCCUCGAAUGCGUCAUGACCAGGGAGCUAAGCAAUCUCCGCUUUAACAAGACGAACAAGUCGGCCAACUUUAUCGAGUUGAAGAGCUGA